AUGGCGGCCCGGGAGCCGGCGCUGGGCCCGGCCCGCCCGCUCCCCUCGCACGGCCGGCGGCUCUGCCCCUGGGCUAGGAGCCGGCCGAGGGCCUGGUCAGGAGAUGCGGAGGUGUCCCAGGAGGAGAGACUGGCGUUUCUAAACCUUUUUAAUGGGCAGACGUUGCAAAAGGUUUUGGUCAUUAAGACGGGCAGGGAGCGAGUCCCCGGUUCUCUCGUCAGGGCAGCUGGGCCGGGCCAUCCCCCGGCCAUCAUUCUGGUACACUGGCUGCUCACAGUGUGGGGAUGCAUGAAUUACAUUUUUCCAGGCUCCUAUGCCUGGGGAAAUUUCAGUGUCCUUGCAGUGGGGAUCUGGGCCAUUGUGCAGCGAGAUUCCCUGGAUGCCAUCAUGAUGUUCCUGACUGGCCUGCUGCUCACAGUCCUCACAGACAUCAUUCACAUCUCUGUCUUCUACCCUUCAAACAACUAUCUCACUGAUGUGAGGCGUUUCAGUAUAGGCAUGGCCAUCUUCAGCCUCCUCCUUAAACCUGUGUCCUGCUAUUUGGUGUAUCGCAUGUACCGGGAGCGUGGAGGAGAGUACACCUUUAACAUAGACCUGGAGUCCUCAUCUGACAGCCAUUUUGCCCACAAUGGUGUCACCCGUGCGGGCCGGGAUCGCAGCACCUAUGAGCCAAUUGAUCAGCAGGAUGCUCCUCCACAGUGGCCUGACUCAAGCAAGACAACCCAGCAGCCGUACUGAUGCCCUCUCUGCACCAGAACAGACACUUCCCUCGCCCAGUCUCCCAGUCUAACCUUCCGCUCUUCCCAUGUCCAUUCCCAUGGAGCAAGACCUGCUACUGAGCAAAGAGGAGAUGAUAUGAUUUUACAUUUCUUUGCCUCCCUGAAGGUUAGGGAGAUGGGUUCCUGCAGUAAGCCCAGAAGAUCUCAGAGAUGUCAUCUUAAGCACUGUGACUCUCUGUAAUCCCAGUACUCUCCUCCCUCCCCCUCUGUGUGAGUGGAUGCACCUUCUGUGGUCUUCAAAAUCUUGUCUUGUGCAUCUUCUCUAUUGUAAGGGAACCACUCAAAAUAUUCCUGGACAAGCUUCCUUUAAAAUGGUUAUGGACUGCCCUUAAACAAUACAGUUUACCCUACUUUUAUGCAUAUACAUUUUCAGGAAACAUCUGGGAGUUCCUGAUGGCUGUUUUUGAUGGUGUUACUUAAGAUUUAUGACCAUAACUCCCUCUGCUAGCUGUGGUGGUUUGCACAAAGCUGGGGUUGGUAUAAAAUGCUCUUACUGGGCCAGGUGCUUGUGCUCCCAGUAUCUAAUUUUUGGGUUUUAUUCACUGAUGCUUUUAUGCAAGUUGAAUGUCCGUCAGGAUACUUAAAAUGGCUGUUGAAUAUAGGUUAUACUCUGUGCCUUGAAAUGUCCUUUUUCCUUCAGCUGCCUAUCUUAACAGAACUUGAAAUGUUAUAUUUUUUUCUAAGAAAACUAUAAAAUGAACACAGUUUUUCUGUGUUAGAAAGAGUUA